UCAGCUGAUUUUCACAAUCAAUCAAGUAACUAGCAGGCAAGGCAGUACACUCGAUUGUGUUGUGUUGGUGACAACAUAAAAUUUGUUUUGAAUCAUGCCGCCGGCCAAGAUUAUCCUAGACGAUGAUCAGAAAUUUGCUUUGAUGAAGUUUCGUAGGACAGUAGCAGAUGUACUUCAAGCACACCAUGAUGAUCAUUUCCUUCUGCGAUGGUUGAGAGCCAGAAAUUGGAACCUAGAAGCUGCGGAGAAAAUGUUGAGACAGUCCAUGAAAUGGAGGCAACAGUGGGAAGUUGAUGGAGCAUUGAAAGAAUGGAAACCUCCAGAUGUCAUCACCCUUUAUCACCCGAGUGGCACCACUGGAUUUGAUAAGGAUGGUGCUCCAGUUAUUUGUGUUCCUUUCGUGGGUUUCGACGUUGUUGGACUUUUACACUCGGCUACAAGGCAAGAUUUGAUCAAAAUGACCAUUAGUAUACUGGAAAAGAACUUAGAUAUGGCUGCGAAAACCGGUGAAAAUCAAGUAGUGGUCAUUUUCGAUAUGGAGGGCUUUAAUUUGCGCCAAUAUGCUUGGAGACCAGUUUUUGGAGGAAGUUUAUGUGACCCCGAUGGAAAUCCACGAUACACGACAAUAGUCAAACAAGGUGGUAAAGUUCCUACAUCAUGUUAUUUGAGAAACUUGGAGGCACCUGAAAAGGAACAAAAUAGAGAAUUCAAAAGUGCUGUGAUAAAGAAAGGUGAAAAAUUAUGUUUACAUUUCAUUGUGGCCGAAGAAGGAUGUUUCCUCAGGUGGGAGUUCAAAACAGAUGGACACGACAUAAAGUUUGGUGUAACUUUGAAGGAUGAGCAUGGAGUGGAGAGCCCUGUUGUGCGACACAGGCGGGUAGCAUCACAUCAAAUGGAUGAAAGUGGUGCAAUAGCGUGUCAGGCACCAGCAACAUAUACCGUCACUUUUGACAACACUUACAGUUUACUCAGAAGUAAAAAGCUGCAGUAUUGCAUUUUCGUCACGCAGCCGUUGGAUAAAAUGAAUAUUAUACCUACGGAUGAAGAAUUAAAAGAUCUGAAUUCGAAUAGAGAUCUAGCGGCGACCUCCUCAACCACUCCUAAUAAUGAAGUACCAGAGGCUUCAGAAACAUCAAUUCCUCGUGAAUAAGAAAUGGAUUUUCUUUAUCUCGUUUUUCCCUAUUGAAGUGGCUAAUCAUUUUCAGAUUUUAUUUUUGCUCAAUAAAAGAAUACGAUCUAUCACCA